AGUCACUGAGUGCCCAAUUGAGUAAUUUGUCAAAUCAAAAAAUAUUCGUGUUUAAUUUUUGAGGGUUCAUUUCGCAUUUAUUUGAUACUUUAGAUAACCAGAUCGAGCCAAAUUUUAUUGAAUUGUUUUUGGCCAUUCGAAACACGUUUGUCCUGAAAAAAUGAGAGUUGCAGCUUCUCAGAUUAUUUACUUUGGUUACUUUGGUGUGCUUCAUAGAAUCCUCUAUCGGGUCAUCAGAGUUGCUAACCACCCAGACAGCAAGGUCACUGCCUUUACUGCACUCCAAUCCAGUAACGAGUUUCGACAGCUGUAUCCUGCCACAGAGGCUCAUCCGGGAAUGAUUUCACAAAGGUCCGUAAGCAUUUCUUUAAAGUGCAGGGGGUCUUCGAUAGUAUGCAUGUUUGGUGGGAUUUAGUUCCACAAUCGAGGUCCGAUAAUUGCAAACGAAUUGUCUUUAAGCGUUUGGUUGGGCUGACUGCUAGAUUUCUUCAGAGUGGGGAUAACUGCCUUUUGGCCAUGUCGGAGUGUCGCGGAGAACUGGAUGUUGACAUCAUUUGGGCACUUGCCGUGCAGCACUUCCCACAUGUGGAUAAUGGUAUAUUGUUCUCUCCUCCGUUGCAAUGACAUCAAAUUUAAGGCCUUCAGUCUCUGCCAGUAUUUUAGAUGCUGCUGGCCAUCUAUUCUUGUUGUGAAUGUGUGCUGAAUCCCUUCUAGUUGUUGGACUUCCGCACUCUUGGAAAUAUUUCAUAAUGAGCAACAGUACUCAAGGGACAGAUUCGGGAAUCCUCAAACAGUAUGUCAUCUGCAAAGCAACAACUUUCAAAUAUGAAACACGGCGGUGGUAUAAGACCUAAGGAUUGAUUGCAGCUUUAGUCUUGACACUGCCCCUACAUAUGCUACAAAGAACACUAUAGUGCACUAGUAUCUUGUUAAUUUGAAGUUCAUUCGAUUGAUUUGGAUUGUAUGUAUAGUAAUUCAGAUAGUAUAGUGAGCUUCAAGUUAAAUAGUAUGGUACAGCUUCAAGUUAAAUAGUAUGGUACAUUUCAACACUACUAUAUAACAAAUAAUUUGAGCCAUGUUCCUCGCGCUGUUAAUGUGCAGUGUGUUGGUGGCUGGCUCCAACGCCUGUUUAUGUGCCGAGAGGCCCAUUCAGACGGUCGUUUGUUCUGCUUCCCGGCUGAUCAAAGCUAGGAUAGAAGGAGAAAUUGAUACAGGUGUUGACCUAGAUGAUUAUCGUAAUCAGGAUCAAAACCGAAAAUACAAAGUUACCGUCCUUAAUGUCUUCAAAGGACAUGAUGUAUUAGAAAAAGAUCAAGAGAUCAUAAUAGAGACGGCAGCUAACGACGCUUUGUGCGGGAUUAGUCUGCACGUUAAUACAGCUAUGUUAUUAGAACUGGACUUUUAUCGCGGCAAAUUUCAGAUAUCACUCUGUGAUUUAGCUAGAAAUUGGAAUAAUGAAAUUGAUGACGAACUAAUGAGGGAUCUCGUCCAAGAUACUGUUGACUGCGAAUGCCAACCAUCAGUUCGACAUGGCAAAUCUCCUUGUUGCAAUGAACAACAAGAAGUGUGGAGCGUAAAAAUGUGUACAGAAAUGUACGGUAACUGCCAAAAGAGUGAAGGAGAUGAACAGUGCCAAUGGAAAGGCAGCUACGAUUAUGAUAGAUGUCUUAACGAUUUUGGAUUCCGACUUUCCAAAGGCAACUGUGUGGAGAAAAAACCUUGCCCGAAGUUUGCCAGUAAAGUUUACAGCAAAUACGAGCAGUUGACCUGUGAAGACUCUGGAGUGAGAGAACUAGCCUGGGAGAAAACCAUGUGUAAGUGCCCUGAGAAUCUGCCUAUUCUGGAUGUCAGCAAAGAUAGCUGUGUGUCAGAGUUUGACUGCCCCCGAGGGGCUAGGGUUGAGGAAGAACGUGGAUUUACUAAAGCACCACGAAUGGAUGAUGAAGAAACACCAUCAAUGGAUCUGGACAAUUUAGAAAAUGAGGCUGAUGCCAAAGUCGAGUGCCAAUCAAACCAAGUAUACUACGGAGAAAAGGACUGUUUACCUUGUAUUCAGACUUGUGGAUCUCAGUUAGCCUGGUGCACAAGGCUUUGUAUUACAGAAGAGUGCGGGUGUCCACGAGACAAGCCCGUAUUGAUCCAAGAUUCCUGUUACAGUCAAGAGGAGUGUGAAAAUGUGGCUCAUGCUGACAAAGAUAAAGCAGAUUGCAAAGACGGAGAAGAAGAAGCAACAGAUCCUUCUGAGGAUGUUUACCCCUCCAGCACUACAGAUCCCUGUGGUGCAGACGGAAAUUGUUUCGGAACCAAAUCUAAAGCACCUACUACCAAGCCAUAUACACCUGACGAGUUGAGUAGUGGUCCGGUUAGCACAGAAGCUCCAUCCGAUGGUGCAGACAAUUUAGAAGAGACUACUAAAGCAGAUGAUGUAUCAUCACCACAAACAGAGCCUGCAUCCACAGAGGGUCAGGAAACUACAAAAUCUUCGACCUCGGAAGCCACAACAGAAUCUUGCAUCGGACUUGCUUGUCUGCCAUCAACUGAACCCGAUGAUAAUACCAGUGAAAUGACGGAUGGACCAGCAUCAUCUGAAGGGUCAGAAACACCAACACCAUCGGGAUCACCCGAUCCAACAUCACCUCAAACAUCACCAAUAUCCUCAGAGGGACCGGUAUCCACCAAACCACUGUCCUCGGAAGCAAUAACGGAAUCUUGUAUUGGAAUCGCUUGUCUGCCAUCAACUGAACCCAAUGAUAAUACACCAUCGGUAUCACCCGAUCCAACAUCACCUCCAACAUCACCAAUGUCCUCAGAGCCAAAGUCCACGAAGCAACCAGCUGAAAGCACCGAACAAAUUUCCUCGGAGCCAGCAUCGACAGAACCUGGAAGCACCGAGCCAAUGUCAACGGAGCAAUCAGCUCAAAGCACCGAACAAAUUUCCUCGGAGCCAGCAUCGACAGAACCUGGAAGCACCGAGCCAAUGUCCACAAAGCAAUCAGCUCAAAGCACCGAACAAAUUUCCUCGGAGCCAGCUUCGACAGAACCUGGAAGCACCGAGCCAAUGUCAACAGAGCAAUCAGCUGAAAGCACCGAACAAAUUUCCUCGGAGCCAGCAUCGACAGAACCUGGAAGCACCGAGCCAAUGUCCACAGAGCAAUCAGCUGAAAGCACCGAAAAAAUUUCAUCAGAGCCUGCAUCGUCCAAAGGACCCAGCCCAUCAUCAGAUCCAUGCGGGGAUUCUGGAAACUGUUACGAGACUGUUUCUAAAGCAGAUGAUGUAUCAUCACCAUCAACAGAGCCUGUAUCCACAGAGGCUCCGGAAACUACCAAAUCGAUGACCUCGGAAGCGACAACAGAAUCAUGUAUCGGACUCGCUUGUUUUCCAUCAACUGAACCCUCGUCAGAUAAACCCUCAUCAGAGCAACCAUCAUCUGAAGGGUCAGAAACACCAUCAGGAUCACCCGAUCCAACAUCACCUCCAACAUCACCAAUAUCCUCAGAGCCAAAGUCCACGGAGCAACCAGCUGAAAGCACCGAACAAAUUUCCUCGGAACCAGCUUCGACAGAACCUGGAAGCACCGAGCCAAUGUCCACAGAGCAAUCAGCUGAAAGCACCGAACAAAUUUCCUCGGAACCAGCUUCGACAGAACCUGGAAGCACCGAGCCAAUGUCCACAGAGCAAUCAGCUGAAAGCAGCGAACAAAUUUCCUCGGAGCCAGCAUCGACAGAACAUGGAAGCACCGAGCCAAUGUCCACAGAGCAAUCAGCUGAAAGCACCGAACAAAUUUCCUCGGAGCUAGCUUCGACAGAACCUGGAAGCACCGAGCCAAUGUCAACAGAGCAAUCAGCUGAAAGCACCGAACAAAUUUCCUCGGAGCCAGCUUCGACAGAACCUGGAAGCACUGAGCCAAAGUCCACGGAGCAAUCAGCUGAAAGCACCGAACAAAUUUCCUCAGAGCCAGCAUCGUCCAAAGGACCCAGCCCAUCAUCAGAUCCAUGCGGGGAUUCUGGAAACUGUUACGAGACUGUUUCUAAAGCAGAUGAUGUAUCAUCACCAUCAACAGAGCCUGUAUCCACAGAGGCUCCGGAAACUACCGAAUCGAUGACAUCGGAAGCGACAACAGAAUCAUGUAUCGGACUCGCUUGUUUCCCAUCAACUGAACCCUCGUCAGAUAAACCCUCAUCGGAGCCACCAUCAUCUGAAGGGUCAGAAACACCAUCAGGAUCACCCGAUCCAACAUCACCUCCAACAUCACCAAUAUCCUCAGAGCCAGCAUCGUCCAAAGGACCCAGCCCAUCAUCAGAUCCAUGCGGGGAUUCUGGAAACUGUUACGAGACUGUUUCGAAAGCAGAUGAUGUAUCAUCACCAUCAACAGAGGCUGUAUCCACAGCGGCCCCGGAAACUACCGAAUCUGUGACGUCAGAAGCGACAACAGAAUCCUGUAUCGGCCUCGCGUGUUUUCCAUCAACUGAACCCUCGUCAGAUGAACCUUCGUCAGAGACACCAUCAUCUGAAGGGUCAGAAAAACCUGCAUCCUCAGAAGGCUCAGAUUCCUCGUCGGAGCAAACAUCUUCUGGAGCACCAGAUCCAACAUCUCCUCCAACUGAACCUGCAUCCUCAGAAGGCUCAGAUUCCUCGCCGGAGCAAACAUCUUCUGGAGCACCAGAUCCAACAUCUCCUGCAACUGAACCUAUUAGCACCGAGCCUAUUUCUUCGGAGGAGCCAGCAUCCUCUAACUCUGGAAGCACCAAACCAAUUUCCACGGAGCCAGCUUCGACAGAACCUGGAAGCACCGAGCCAAUGUCAACGGAGCAAUCAGCUGAAAGCACCGAAAAAAUUUCCUCGGAGCCAGCAUCGACAGAACCUGGAAGCACCGAGCCAAUGUCAACGGAGCAACCAGCUGAAAGCACCGAACAAAUUUCCUCGGAGCCAGCAUCGUCCAAAGGACCCAGCACAUCAUCAGAUCCAUGCGGGGAUUCUGGAAACUGUUACGAGACUGUUUCUAAAGCAGAUGAUGUAUCAUCACCAUCAACAGAGCCUGUAUCCACAGAGGCUCCGGAAACUACCGAAUCGAUGACCUCGGAAGCGACAACAGAAUCAUGUAUCGGACUCGCUUGUUUACAAUCAACUGAACCCUCGUCAGAUAAACCCUCAUCAGAGCCUGUAUCCACAGAACCUGGAAGUACCGAGCCAAUGUCAACGGAGCAAUCAGCUGAAAGCACCGAACAAAUUUCCUCGGAGCCAGCUUCGACUGAACCUGGAAGCACUGAGCCAAAGUCCACGGAGCAAUCAGCUGAAACCACCGAAAAUAUUUCCUCGGAGCCAGCUUCGACAGAACCUGGAAGCACCGAGCCAAUGUCAACAGAGCAAUCAGCUGAAAGCACCGAACAAAUUUCCUCGGAGCCAGCUUCGACAGAACCUGGAAGCACCGAGCCAAUGUCAACAGAGCAACCAGCUGAAAGCACCGAAAAAAUUUCCUCGGAGCCAGCAUCGACAAAACAUGGAAGUACCGAGCCAAUGUCAACAGAACAAUCAGCUGAAAGCACCGAACAAAUUUCCUCGGAGCCAGCUUCGACAGAACCUGGAAGCACCGAGCCAAUGUCAACAGAGCAAUCAGCUGAAAGCACCGAACAAAUUUCCUCGGAGCCAGCUUCGACAGAACCUGGAAGCACUGAGCCAAAGUCCACGGAGCAAUCAGUUGAAACUACCGAACAAAUUUCCUCGGAGCCAGCUUCGACAGAACCUGGAAGCACCGAGCCAAAGUCCACGGAGCAAUCAGCUGAAACCACCGAACAAAUUUCCUCGGAGCCAGCUUCGACUGAACCUGGAAGUACCGAGCCAAUGUCAACAGAACAAUCAGCUGAAAGCACCGAACAAAUUUCCUCGGAGCCAGCUUCGACAGAACCUGGAAGCACUGAGCCAAAGUCCACGGAGCAAUCAGUUGAAACAACCGAACAAAUUUCCUCGGAGCCAGCUUCGACAGAACCUGGAAGCACCGAGCCAAUGUCAACAGAGCAACCAGCUGAAAGCACCGAACAAAUUUCCUCGGAGCCAGCUUCGGCAGAACCUGGAAGCACCGAGCCAAUGUCAACAGAGCAAUCAGCUGAAAGCACCGAACAAAUUUCCUCGGAGCCAGCUUCGACAGAACCUGGAAGCACUGAGCCAAAGUCCACGGAGCAACCAGCUGAAACCACAGAACAAAUUUCCUCGGAGCCAGCUUCGACAGAACCUGGAAGCACCGAGCCAAUUUCAUCGGAACCAGCACAAACAUCAUCUCCUGAACCGGAAAGCACUGAGCCUAAAUCUGAAGAGCCAUCUACAGAGCCAACUUCUGAGGGACCAUCAUCUGAUCCGUGUGGGGAAUCAGGAAACUGCUUUGCGACUAUUUCUAAACCCGCUUCUACUGAGGAACCGACUACACCUAUCCCGGAGUGUUCGGAUCCCAAUUCCUUCUUCAACACAUGUGCCUCUAGCUGCGUGAGGACCUGUGAUGAGACUUGUGAUGAAGCUAUGGAAGACGUGUGUGAGAGAAGAUGCGAUUGCCGAGAAGGCUACGUCAUCUCUCUCAAUGGAGAUUGUGUGGAGGAAGACUCCUGCAAGACACCCUGUCAAGCACAUGAACAUGACUUCAUCAUGGAAAUGGGAUAUGAUGAAUCAGAGAUCCAGUUCUGCGAUGAAGACGGAAAUUAUCUGUCAACAAGGUGUAUUGAAAACAAAUGCCAAUGUGUAGAUCUAACUGGUAAAGCAACCGGCCAUACAUUCGAACAAGGAGAAUUUGAAUGCGACUUCGAGCGAGGAAUGCACUGCAUGCCAGGAUUGCAAUUAUACAACUGUGGACAGGUCUAUGACAGAGCUUGUGGACUUAUCGAUAACCCAGAUAUGAUACCUGACUCAGAUAUAUGCCACGACCCAAAAUGUGGAUGUCCUGAAGACACUCCCUUCUUACAAGGAGGACUGUGUGUGGCUGAAGCGGACUGUGUGGACAUACUCAGCUUCCAGACUAUCAUUGAUAACUUCUUCGAAGGAAAUGAGCUUAACAUUACUGAAAUGGGACCUAACUUGGAGACCUGUAAAAACGGCAAUCCUACAUGUGAACAAUGGGCUGACCGAGGUCUGUGCGAGAAUAAGUAUCUGAUCCGUCAUUGUAAACCAGCUUGUGAUCUGUGCCCUGUUGAGGAAAUGAGGUUAACUUGCGAAGGUAUCAGAGAUGCUAUGGCAGAACAUCUAGAGGAUAACUUCGUCUUCGGAGCACCCGAGGUUGUCUGUAUGGAGGACGAGCCACACAAGUACUUCCCUCGGCAGUGUGUAGGAAGUGUGUGCAUGUGUGUUGAUGAUGAGGGGGAGUCAGAUCCACAGCAUCAUCAUAGCAUCGAGCACCUGUACCAGUGUCCCGGAAUAGAGGAAUGUCCAGGAGAUCAGCUAUAUCUGAACUGUAUGUUUGAUCUCGCUAGCUGUGAUGACAAUAUUGAUGAAGCGGAGUGUUCUCAAGGUUGUGGCUGUCCCUACCACUUACCUUACUAUAAUGAGGAGGAAGAGAAAUGCCAAUCUCGUUAUGAUUUCUGCCCGCCAUCUAUAAACGUAGUACCAGGAAUGGAUUGCAAUGCUGUAGCUGAAGGAGCGAUAGCUGUGAACAAGCAGCCUCCAAUCUGUGAUGAGAGAGAUGAGACUGAAUAUGCUGCCAAACAAUGCGGCUCCGACGGCGUAUGCUACUGUGUCUCAGCUGAUGGAGAAAUUGAGGAAGAGGAUGUCGGAGACAACUACAUUUGUCCCCGUGAGAAGGAGCAAUGCAAAAGACAAGGAGGAAAGGAAUUCCAAGAAUGCGGAAGCUCUUGCCCUGCCACCUGCGAAAACAUGUUUAAUCCUCCUGUCGUCUGCACACUUCAGUGUGUUAUCGGAUGUCAGUGCCCCGAUGGAACAGUUGAGAACCAAGCUGGACGUUGUGUAGCCGCCGAGGAUUGCGAUAACUUCGAUGAAGACCUCCCAUCAGACUGCCGCAGCAGAGUGUUCUCUUUCAACUUCAUCGGAAGAGAGGAUGAUAUGAGCUUGCCUUAUCACAACUGUAAUGAUAUAGGCAACUAUGAAAUUCAGCAAUGUAACGAUGAAGAAUGCUACUGUGUCAUGCCAGAGACUGGAGCAAGGAUUGAAGGUACAUAUCACCUCCCUGCUGAUAAAGACAGCUACGACUGUGCUUCUGCCGUGGAAGAGCAGAUUCCAUCAGAAUACCUCACCACUGACGGCUCCAUCGUAACGAACGGAGGCUCCACCACCGUAGGCUCCACCACCGAAGGCUCCACCACCGAAGGGUCACCCCAGAGCCCUGAAACACCAACUGGAGAUGCCAGCACUUCAUACAUGGAGACUACGACACCAGUUGAUGAAGAUGAUCAAACAGAUUCAGCACCAUCCCCUAUUAUAACAACUCAAUCUAGUUCCGAAGCAACCUCUCCAAUGAUUGAAGGAGUUAUUAGUGAAGCUACAACAGAUUCCAAUGGAAUGGAAAAAGGAACUGUCACCACCGAUUCAGAUUCCGAAACAACCUCUCCAAUGACUGAAGGAGUUAGUAGUGUAGCUACAACAGAUUCCGAUGGAAUGGAAAAAGGAACUGUCACCACCGAUUCUGAUUCCGAAGCAACCUCUCCAAUGAUUGACGGAGUUAGUAGUAGUGAAGCUACAACAGAUUCCGAUGGAAUGGAAAAAGGAACUGCCACCACCAAUUCAGAUUCCGAAACAACCUCUUCAAUGACUGACGGAGUUACUAGUGAAGCUACAACGGAUUCCAAUGGAAUGGAAACAGGAACUGUCACCACCGAUUCAGAUUCCGAAACAACCUCUCCAAUGACUGACGGAGUUACUAGUGAAGCUACAACAGAUUCCGAUGGAAUGAAAAAAGGAACUGCCACCACCGACAACUCCGUAACAGAUACUGUUAGUGUUACAUUCGGUAGUACCGAACCAACUGAAGGUCCAAAAGAUAUGAUAACUGUAGUGCGCGGCUCUUGGAUAGAUUUUGACUUGGAGGGCACACCGCUAGAAAUCGGAUGUAUUUCCCCGCCAGGAUCUGGAGAACAAAUUCGUGUGAGAUUCCUAACUCAUGGAGGAAAUCCUGCUGGAAAUCUGAAAAUAAAACUUGAUGCUCAGGCGACUUAUUUUAUUCAGGGUUGCACGAACAAGAAAGAAAAAUUCAACAUGCCAUCAGCUAUAGAUGGUGAAUAUAUCUGGAGAAUCACAAAAACGGACGGACGUAUAAUAGUUGAGUGCAAUGGAACGGAAGUCAUCAACUUUUCAUUCGCUGACAGCACAAAGCCCGCUUGUAGAGAAAUGUGGUCAGAAGACACAGCAACUUUAGAGUUCUCAGAAGAAGACAAUGCGUCUUAUGGAUACAGAUGGGUCAGAACUCGAGGAGGGAAAAACGAGAGAAAGAGAAAGAGAGGAAAGGGAAAAGGAAAGGGAAAAGGAAAAGGAAAAGGAAAGAAGGGAGGCUCCGUGAACUACAAGUGUAUGGACGAUGAAGAAAAUGAGUGCGUGUGUCAGAACGAGGAGAGUGAAAUGAUUCCUGACUCUAUCCGGGACGCAUCAUUCUUCAUGGAACUGAGCAUAUCACGAUCGGAAUACUGUGAUUCUAGAAGAGAGAUGGCUCAAUAUGGCGCCUGCGCGCAGCUAGAGGAGGACGGAGAAGAUGUAAAUUGUAGAGCUGAUGGGAAGUUCCAUCCUGUGCAAUAUACUAGAUAUAGUGAAUGUUACUGUGUCGAUGAGAUGGGAUCUGAGGACCUCUAUUGGGACGGUUCCACACCAAAAACCUUCCCCGAGGCUGCAGCUGAGGCAGCUGAACGUUUCUGUGUGGAGCUUCUUGCAAACAGACAAGAAAACUUCAAGUGUCUCCAGGAGAGAGCACGAGGACAUCACUUCAGUAAUAACCUGAUGGUGGGUGUUUUCGUCCCUAACUGCCAAGAUGAUGGACAUUAUUACAGUGUACAAGCUAGAGGCUCAGUCAUGUAUUGUGCCAACGAGCAUGGCGAGCAGUUCUCUAAUUCUGAAUAUGGUAGAGGACAGCUGGAUAUGGAGGAACUCCACAAGAUCUGUAUGGGAAAACGAGAGAUGGCUGCCUCUUUAAGAUGCCCAUCAAUGAGGAAAAUGGCCAUUGAUAUGGAUGACAACGAUCCUGAUAUGAUGGUGGGAGGAUAUGUGCCUGAGUGCGAUGUAGAUGGCUUCUAUAUGCCAACCCAAUCCGAGGGAUCAGAAUCCUACUGUGCUGAGCCAAUGAGUGGUCAGGAACUACCCGAGACUCGUCACAACAUAGGAGACGACUUUGACUGUGAGCGUGAGGUCACCCUCCUGCUGGGCUCUGAUUGCUACGUAGAGCGAUACGAGGCUCUUGCUGAUCAGGGAGAAUCUGGCAGGGUUGGUGUAUUCAUCGUUGAGUGUGGACUGGACGGUAAAUACCAUCACACACAGUGUCGCGGAUCUAUGUGCUACUGCGCUGAGAGCAUGACAGGCAGAGAGCUAGAAGACAGCCAAGUACCACGAGGCGGAGAUGUUGUAGCUGAAGAGUACUGUUUGGAGAGGAGGGAUAUGUACGAGGGAUCAGACUGUUACCAGAAAAUGAUAGUUCCUAGUGCAACCCCUGGAUGGGUUCGUCCAGAGUGUGAUGACUUUGGUAGGUACCUGUCUCUGCAGUCUAUGGGCUCCAGGUACUACUGUGCUGAUAAGAAUGGAAAAGAACUGAUCGAAACUGAAGGAGGAGUUACUGGAGCUCAGUACUGUCAAGAACUCAGAGAAAUUCACGACAAUUCUGCCUGUUACCAAGCUCAAUCGGAAAGUGAAGGCUUCGGCAAUGUAGUAGUUUGUGAUGUCCGUACCGGAGUGUACUUCGUGACUCAGAUCCAGGGAAGCAUCGCCUAUUGUGUCGACCAAGAAACUGGCGAGAAGAUUGAGGGAACAGAGCACCCCGUCUCUGAGGCAGGAAAGUGUGGCUCUGUGGAGGUACCCUACGUCAGAUGUAUUGAACUUCAAGAGUCAGGUGAUGAGGAUGUUGCGUGUAACGAUGAUGGAAUGUACUUUGUGCAGCAGUGUAUGGGCUACAGCAAGUCAGAGGAAGAAACCUGUAUCUGUGUCGACAAAUGGGGAGAUCAUCUUGAGGGAACAGAACGUCAUCACAUUAGUGAACACGCCUGUUUCGAGGAAGAACGAGAUGAAAUCCGUGAUAGUUUCUCAGGGUCCGAGUGUGUGGUCGAAAGACAGAUCUCUGAAGCUCUGGAAGGAAUUGGCAGUUACACUGAACAGUGCAACGACGACGGUACCUUCGCCAAACGACAAUGCACAGACAAUGGCCGUAUUGGUUGUUUCUGUCUGAAUCACAACGGAGACCACAAGUUGGGUUCAGCUCAUGCCACAGCAGAGAUGCGGGAGUGUGGAGACGUUACUUUUACUUUCUACGCUCCUAAGGGAGACAACGCUAUUGAAGGAUCAUCUGCUAGCAUCACUUGCUCAGUUUAUGCUUCCUACGUUGACGAAACAUUCGAAAUGCUGUUCGAUAGUGCACGCUACGAAGCUCGUGAUAUGGAGAUCUGGGGAGACGCUGAAGUGGAAGAAUCUUCUGAGACCUUCGCUAACGGUACAGUGAGGACAACUCUGUCCGUCCAGUCUUCACUGUCUAUGGAGAUGGAUGGAGCUCGGUUUGCUUGUGUCUCAAGAAAGAACGAGGGAUCUAUCAUUAGAGAUAUCAUGGUCUUUUCAGAGGAACCAACUACACCUGCUCCAACUACCCCGGCAGCUACCACCCCAGCUAUCACAACACCAGUGAAAACAACCCAGCCUGAAACCACAACCCCAGAGAGCACCACCCGGCCAGCUACCACAACCCCAGAGAGCACCACCCGACCAGCUACCACAACCCCAGAGAGCACCACCCGACCAGCGCCUACCACAACCCCACAAGAAACUGUCGAGUAUAUGAGAAUAUACAACGAAAAGCGAGGAUUCGUAUACGCACAGGCACCUGAAUCUGUCAACGUUAGAAAAGACGUAGAAGCUGACGAUGAAAACGCUAUGUUUGAAAUGAUGGAGGAUAAAACAAUCAGGAGUUUAGCUUUCGAUCAGUGUCUUGCUCAAACUAUUGAUGGAGGAACCAUUGUUAUCCGACUCAAGGAAUGCAAAGGUAACCCUACCCAAACAUGGUAUCAAGACAACGACGCAGCUGGUGACCCCAGAUUCUACGUUCUGAGACCCGGAAAGAAGGGCAAGGCUCCAACUCCGUACUAUCUCGACUACUUCAAACAGGAACUUACCGGUUAUAAAGAAACCAACAAAGGUAACCAGAAAUGGGAUCUAGUCUUCGGAGACGAGCAGUUUUAAAAAAUCAUUCAAGACUGACCGUGACGUCACCAACCAUGAUAUCCAUUAACUAGAAGUUGCUUUGAGAUGUGUCUUCACGCACAAUAAACUGUGUGUAGAGAUAACGUAGCCACCUAAAUAGCAACAGCGAUUCGAGCAUGAGAUUUGAGAACGUUGAUGUUUAUAAUACGAGGAUUGAUGAAUAAAACCAGCUAGUUAUUGUGCUAAAAUUCAAAUAUAUAUGCUAUGAAGCUUUCCACUGUUUUAUAUUUUUUACUAUCAAUAAAUUUAUAAUGGAUUUUUUAGUUUUUCAAUUUUGAAUUUAUUUUUUAUAUAGGUAUAUUAAUAACUGUGUUUUUUGUAUCGCAGCCGGCCGGGCGUGAUUAAAUUCUUACACUAUAGUUACACGUGUGUAGGAAGCUAUUUUAAAAUCUCGUUAUCCAGUAUAAUAAAACUUUAUUAAGUUAAUUUACAACCCAUCUAAAUUGUUUAUAACAA